AUGAUCGCCGUAGGCGCUCACAAGCCGGUGCUCGCUCAAGCGUACAGCGCACUGGAUCAAGGUGCCGAACCGGAGGCCGCACUGGUAACUGCGAUCAAGGAGGCGGUUUCAAAUCCAGACAGUGUGUGGGCGGCGUUGCUCGAGCCAGUGAUCGGGCCCAGGACCCCGGCAGAUUACGAAGCACAGAUAAGGUGCAUACUGACUGCGAGAAAGGAUGCGAGAAACUGGAGGAAAAGGGCGAAGUUCUGGAAGGGGAAGGCAAAAAAGGAUACGAGUAGCGCAGACCUGGUAACCCCGUCGCCGUCGGAUAUCUCAUCCAUCGUAGAAGAGCUACCCGACGCUCGCAAGCGCGCCCUAAAGGAACUAAUU